GCGGCGGCGGUGGCCCGGCCGGUGCGCUGGCGGCCGGCGGGCAGCCUGUGCCGCUGCUGUCCCUGCCGCUGCUGCCCGGCCGUGCCGGCCGCCAUGGGCUGGAUGCCGACGCAGGGUCGGCUGGCGGCGGGGCUGCUGGUGAACCUGGCCGCCUCCAUCUGCAUCGUCUUCCUGAACAAGUGGCUGUACGUGCGGCUGGGCUUCCCCAACCUCAGCCUCACCCUGGUGCACUUCGCCAUCACCUGGCUCGGCCUUUACCUGUGCCAGGCGCUCGGCGCCUUCUCCCCUAAGAGCCUGCAGCCCUCCCAGGUGCUGCCCUUGGCCCUCAGCUUCUGCGGCUUCGUCGUCUUCACCAACCUGUCCCUGCAGAGCAACACCAUCGGUACCUACCAGCUAGCUAAGGCUAUGACCACGCCGGUCAUCGUGGUCAUCCAGAGCCUGGCGUACGGAAAGACCUUCCCUCUCCGCAUCAAACUUACCCUGGUCCCCAUCACGUUGGGCGUUUUCCUUAACUCCUACUACGACGUGAAGUUCAGCAUCCUCGGGAUAGUGUUCGCCACCCUGGGCGUCUUGGUGACCUCCCUCUACCAAGUGUGGGUGGGAGCUAAGCAGCACGAGUUGCAGGUAAACUCCAUGCAGUUGCUGUACUACCAGGCACCAAUGUCCUCGGCUAUGUUGUUGUUCAUCAUACCCUUCUUUGAGCCAGUCUUUGGAGAAGGAGGAAUCUUUGGUCCCUGGACACUUUCUGCUGUGAUCAUGGUACUGCUGUCUGGAAUCAUAGCCUUUAUGGUGAACUUGUCCAUUUACUGGAUCAUUGGGAAUACAUCACCUGUCACGUAUAACAUGUUUGGACAUUUCAAGUUCUGCAUCACCCUGCUGGGAGGGUGCCUCUUGUUUAAGGAUCCUCUGUCUUUUAAUCAAGGCCUUGGGAUUCUGUGCACGUUGUUGGGCAUCUUAGCUUACACCCACUUCAAGCUCAGUGAGCAGGAAAGCAACAAGAGCAAAUUGGUUCAGCGUCCCUAAAGCUGCUGGAGAUUAACAAUGUUGUGAAGGGAGAACCAAGUGUUUAGAUGCAUUGAUUCUGGGAUGCACCUCUUGGCCUCACUCAUUCGGAUCUAUACUCCUGGUUUAAUUGCCAAGAUCAUCGUUGUGUAACUAAACCAAACAGACUGAAGUCUGUGGAGUCCUUGGGGGGUUGCCACCUCAGCCCCUCCUGGCAUUUCCAUUGCAUUGAAAUGGUAACUCACAAGAGAAGAAGGCACACUUCACAGCACCCUGGAAAUUGGACUGCAGGAAUCAGAUUAUUUGGUUUUUUGCAUACCAAAUGAGGUCCUGAUGGCUACAGUUACAGAGAGGAAGAAAAGGAAUCCUCUCUGUCAUCAUUGCCCCUCUGAAGAGUCUUGGAGGCACUUCUCCAUGCAGAUGUCCUGCUGUGUAGUGAUGCUUCCUCCUUUUGGUCUGAUAAACAAUGAAGAGGAAGCAUAUUUUGGUCAGUGCUUUAAGGGCCACCAAGCUCCAUCCUGUUUCUUACAUAUGUUUGGCUUCACCAUGUCAAUAGAUUCUGGCUGACCAGAGGAGUAAAUAAAAUGACAGGUGGAGAGGGACUAGA